AUGGCUCCGGCGUCCCGGUUCUCCUGGUCCUGCUCCCUGCUCCUCCUGCUGCUCCUCCCCGCCGCCCGGAGCUCGUUCCCCCGCAGCAGAGAGGACUGCGGCCCGGGAAAGGCCUCCGACUGUCCAGGUGAGAGUCUUUCACGUCCCCGUUUAGACCUGGACCCCCUAACUGCAGGUCUGUCAGGGUGGAGGGUGGAGGUGGGCCUACCUGAGGUUCUCCAUGUGGAGGUCAGAGGUCAAAGACGUCCUCUGUUCCUGAUUCUUCGCCUCAUCAUGUGACCCGGCUGAUCCAUCUUUGUGUUUCUGUUGUCAUGACGACCUGAUGGAGACUCCUGAUGUGUGUGUGUGUUUGUGUUUAAUAUCAGAGGUGUCAAUAACGCACCUGUAACACACUCAUGAAGCUCAGUGAAUCAUGUUCAAGGCCUGAGUGUGUGUGUGUGUGUGUGUGUGUGUGUGUGUGUGUGUGUGUGUGUGUGUGACCACUCCUCACUUUAACUGGGCUCUAUUUUAGCUCUUAAUGACAGGGUGGAGGAGCAGGGCGAGGUUAAAUGAGUGGGUACUGGGUGUGUGUGUUUGUGGUUCAGCCUAUAUGGACUCAUAGAAACCCUGUUCACUGAAAAACUCUGGUUCUGUUUGGACCUGAACCGUACGGACCCGAGAGUCACUCAGGGGUAAAAAACCUACAAACAGAGAGAGAGAGAGAGAGAGAGAGAGAGAGAGGUAACAGGUCAGAUAUCAGGGUUUAAAAAUCUGAAAAAGACGAACCUUCAAUCUGAGACCACUGUUUUAGAGUUAGUCUCAGUUUCUCUGUUAAAGGGAUAUUCCGGCGUAAAACUUCACCUAACUUCAUCAACAGGACAUAUAGGGUCACAGACAUAGUACUAUAUUCAGAGUUGUUCUAACUCCUAAGAAAACAAACUUAAACGGGGGCGUUUCUCCACCUCUGUAGUCUAUAAGCUGGGCCAAUAAACUUCCACUGUAGUAAAAUGAAAAGGUAAAGGUGUUUUUAUUGAGCCGAAUUAUCAAUAAAAUCAUGAUUUUGUUAACAGGUAUGGAUUUAUGUGCUGUCGAGUUAAUAUAUUUGAACAAGAGCACAGUAAAGUUAAAUCAGCUAAUUUUCCAAUGAGGUUCUGUUACUGAACGGAACUACACCAUGAUCUACAGAGGUUAGUACAUAUAGGGUCACAGCCAUAGUACUAGACACCAAACAUCUUUUUAACUUUGACUCAUUUCUUUAACAAAGAGACUAAACACAACUCACCUACUCUCUUCCAGCAGACGCUUGUUUGUAGAGAGACCUCAGGCCAGUCCAUUACGGACUACAGCGGGGUGCCGCAGCUCAAGGAAGAACAUUUAUGAUCAUUUCUUCAUGGAAAUACAAUCAGACCGAGACGCUAAGACAGAAGAACUACCGCUAUAGAGUGGCGUUUUGGUUGGGGGCGUGUCUCUCUGUAUUUCUAUCCUGCGGUCGUUACUAAAGUUGGUAUAACUAGAGAAGGAAGCGGUCGACAACAUUCAUCUCUGGAGGGGGGGUCUAACUCGGGGUUACGGUGGGUUUGACCCUAAAUUAGUUUUACAGCAGAAUAUCCCUUUAACAGUCUCUCUUCUCUCUGGUCUCCCGUCGUCUGUCGUCUGUUUCAGAGUCUCAGUUUCUCUGUUAAAGCUCUUUUGUUCUCCAUCUAAACUCCAGCAUGAAAACGCUCCUCAGUGAGCUCCUCUCAAGUCUUUGAGGGUCGAUCAUUUGGAGAAACCGUUUCAACAGUCGGUCAAACAUGUUGUUGGUUUGAACCUGAACUUCUGGAUUUUCGAUGAUCCUCUAGAAGGAGUUUGUGGUUAUUUCGUCGAUCUUUUCCCGCCUGCUCUCGCUGGGAUCAUUCCUCUGAUCUACACAGAGACUAAAAUAAACUCCAAUCCCUCCUACAGACGCUGAUCCGUCUUCAAAGUGUGGCUUUAAGUUUCUGGAGGAUCUGAAGGAAGAAAAUCUUCAUGAUUUCUAUUUUCAGGGGAUCUGAAACCUCCACAAAGAUGUCCGCCCUCCUCACAGCCACAGAUGUUCUCUUGAGGAGACGCACCACUCUGUCACUGUUCCUAUUCAGCCGUGAACGAUUUACGACCUCCGGGUUCAUUCUGGCGUCUAAAACAGAGAAAUGUGUAAAUGAGGGUCGAGAUGGAGCUUUUGUCAGGGAAACUAACGUCCUUCUGUUUGAUCGGUCUGAUGGUUUCAGAGGUUAGAGGAAGGCUGUCUCUCAAACUCUGUUUGGUUUGUAGAGGAAGAACUUUACUGGUCUGUGCAGAACCCUGACCCAAACCCGGUCCAACAAAACCUGGGAUCAUUCCUGAGUGUCCCUGAGCUGAAGGAGCAUCUCUGGAUGGAUGUAGGUUAGGAGGAGAAAAACAAGGAGAGAGAGAGAGAGAGAGAGAGAGAGAGAAUGGAGUCAGCUGAGCGUAAGAGUGUGUGUGUGUGUGUGUGUGUGUGGUGCUCCACUUCUUCACUCACAGACUGACCUCAGACCAGAUUCAGGACUAAAUUCACGAUCCAGUUGUCCUCACACAUGAAGCCAGUCUGAAACGCUGCAGUUCCCCGAAUGUCCACUUGAGGCAGUCUCCAAAAGUGAGUCUGUCCCCAUAGAGCUCCAUGUUCAAAUGUCUGAUCGAAGAGCACAAAUGAACAUGUUUACGUAUUUAUGCUGCGUUCCAGUUUCCUCGGACUCGGAUUGACGUUACACCCGAGUCGGAAAACCAAGAUGGACAACUACAGUUAGCCGUGGUUAGCCGUUGUUAGCCGUUGUCAGUCGUUGUUAGCUGUUGUUAGCUGUUUUUAGUUGUUGUUAGCGAUACCAGUUGUAAAGGACGCACAGCUCAGUAUUUGACUCUUACAAACACCACAGCACCGGACAGACCAGGAACGUCCAACUUUCCGAGUCGGAAACCCGACUUCAGGGGGGGCGUUCUAGAUAAAUUUCUGACUCAGAACUCAGAAAUCCAGACUUUCUGGUACAACUGAGACGCAGCAUAAGAAACUGAGAAACUUCUGAGUUCUAGUCCCAGAUCUGGGUCAAAGCCCAGGAUUCGGUUCCUGACAGGAAACCAUCAUGGAGUCUCCUCCAUCAGAUGCUGCGUAUUGGAAACCCCAUCCUCUGGUCUUGGGGUUCUGGUUUGACACUAAACUUCUAUCACCUACAUCACUCUGAUCAGUAAUAUUCUGGAUCAGGUCCUGGGCCAGGUUCUGGAUCAUCUGUCUGGGAUCUUGGCGCUCCUGAUCCAGUCUCGAACCUUGGUUCUGGCCUUUAGGACCUGACUUGGCCUCUGGGAUCACACGGUCCCCCCCGAUGUGUCGGUCCUGCUCUCAUGGAUCAGGCCUCAGGAUGAAUCUGCGCUCUGGUCUCUUGAAGUCCCUGCAGAGCCUCUUUGUCGGGGUCUCUGCAGACCUGACUGAUGCUGUAAACAAACUGGGACUGCUGAUGCAACAAACAGCUGUCAGCUGAGCAGUCUGUAACUACGGCAACAGAGCAGGGAUGAAAGGGGGGGGGGUUGAUUAAACUUCUUCAGAGAGAGCGAGACAUGAAGACGGGAUGAGAGGGGACAGGAUUCCUCCUCACUGACCCACUUCAGUUCUCUCCUCUGACCCUGAUCGGUCCUCCUGCAGGUCUUGAUAAUGAAAGGAUGAAUUAUGACGAGAGCUGGGUGAUCUGAGAAAAAGUUUAUCAGGAUAUAUUUUUGUUCAUAUCAGCUGAUAUCGAUCAAUAUCAGGAUCUAAAAAUCUAACAGUGUUUAUUGGUCUCAUGUCUUUUCCAACACAAUAAUCUCCUGCAUCUGUGAGGUCUUUGUGUCUCUUUGACGUUUUGUCGUAAGGCGUCGCUCUAGAGAAAGACGACUGAAUGGUCGUCUGUUUCAGGCGCCAUGGGCUCCUUUUCUGGUAGCACUCAUUUUCUUUGUUUCUCACCAACAGUGCUGUCGGCUUCACCUGUUAAAGUGCUAUGGUUGGGUGGAGCUGCUGUCUGCUACGACGCUGCAGUUGGUUGAUACUUGGUUCUAAUUCAGAACAUGAUUGGUUCAGACCCGGAGACACUCCCCUUUUCAGAGGAAAAGUCUUUUUACAGUCGGAGUUUGAUCUGAACUGUCCGUCUGUAGACGGAAACACUGAAUCUGUCAACAGCUCCAUGAACCUUCUGGGAUCUCAGGACAUUUUUGUCCAUUUUUGUCGACUUUUAACCUUUUAUUUAUUGAUCAUUUUGGCUGUGUGAAUGAUUUCCUUCAGUUUUUUUUUUCUUCCCAACUUUUAAAACAUGAUCACUCAUUAUUAUAUCAGUGUGACAAAAACACUAAACGUUUAGGUCCUUUGAUAAACAAGAAUGUCCACCUACUAAGAGUUCUCUAAAAAUAUUAAAAAUUAAUGUUUUUUCAACUUUUUUUGCUCAGAACUUUCAGUCAACUUCAUUCCUGAUCAUAUCUAUCAAAUAUCAAUUAAUUUUCAGAAUUUUAACCCUUUUAAUGCCUGUUUGAUUACAUGACGUCACUGUUAUUUUUAAUGGUAAAAAAAAGGAAUUUGAAGUUAUUUAACAUUUAUUAAACGUUGGGCAGGGAUUUCUUUUUUUUUUAUCGAGGUCUGUGAUACGUCAAAAAAUAACAUUAAUUUUGGUGCAUUAUCAUUUUUUAUUUAUUAUCAGUGUUUUUAAGGACCCCAGAGGGUUAAUGAUUCCUGAGCGAGUCCAGUCAGCUGCUCAUUCAGAACCAGAAUCUCGUCCUGCAGCUGAAGAUGACGAGAACCUGUCCAUGUCCGUCUGCAGGUCUUCCUGUCCCCCUCAGAUGUUUUCAGGGACCUUUAGGCCUGUUUCAGGGGGUCUUUCCUUUACUUCCUCUGAAUGUAGGGAUCGGUUUAAAUCUCCCGUCCUCAGCAGUUCUGGCAGAAAUCGGACACUGGAACAGCAGCGCUCAGUCUGCAGACAGGAGCUGACAGAGAGGAUCCUGGGAACACAGCGGUUCUGUUUUUCUGUCCGCCCCCACAGUAGCCUCUGUGUGUCAGCCGCUGGUUCAGGCUGCCUCAGCACUCAGAGGUAUUUACUAAUUACAGAGGAGGCGGGGGUCACGACCCCUGUAAUUACCUGCUCUAAUAGGCUAGUGUGCAGCGCAGCCAACCAAUCAGCUGCCAUCAGGAAAUGACUACCCUGGAUAAUAGACGGUGUGUGUCGGUUGUUUCAGCGUUUCCCGUGGAGGACUUGUGAGUCUCAUGUGGUCUGGAUGGUGGUCCGUAGACUGAAGUCCCAACACCACUGAUAUUCAGAGUCCUCAGAGGAUCCACCACAGUGACGUUUAAAACCCAGAGGAUCUUUGAGGUCUUAGCAUCAGAGAGGCUCUAACCAAACUCCAUUCAAAAAAACAUCAUUUUUGACUCUGUCGGCCUCUCAGGCUGCAGGUGAAGCAGACGGAGGAUGAAAUCAGACUGAUUCACAAAACAGCAACAUGACGUAGUUUUUCUGCAUCUCCUCAGCCUGUUUGUCGUCAUAAAAUCACCGUCACAUCUGAGUAUUUAGUCCUCAGAGCACCGAGGUUUAGAGAGGCUCAGCUGGUUUAACAGGGAAACUGAGCGAUCAGAGAAUCAUGCAGUUACAGUGAAGCUGAGACUCAGCGUAGUCUCCACCUCUGCACCAUGAGAGAAAGUUUAAAGUUUCAACAUGUUUUACCAAUUUUUAUGUCAAAGUUUCUUAAAUUUUAACCUUUUAUGUUAAAUUCUGAGGUUAUUGAUCCACCUGUUAAAGUUUAUCCUGACAGGUUUUUAUUUGACGUCUCUGUGAGCAUCUUCAGAGUGUUCCCCUGAGUGGUCUUUAGCUGUGGUUUAAAGGCUGUUGACGCUCCUUUCUGACUGGUUUUCAGAUCUCUUUAACACGUGCAGCUGUGAAGAGUCUCUGAUGGUCUCACCUCUCAGCAGAUCCUCGUUGUCUUCAGUUGAACCUAACCCCACCUCAUCAGAUUCUGUUUCUCCUUUUUUUUUUUCAGAUCUGUCCGAGAAGAAGAGCGACCUGCGAGUGUGUGACGCCGGAACGUGUCGCUUUGGAGGAACCUGUCGAGAGAACGGCGCCGACAUCAAGUGUGUGUGUCAGUUUCAUGUGAGUCACACACACUCGGCUGUUUGUGUUUACACCCUGAGGAGUUUGGGUCUGUGGUGGUUCCACUUAGACAUGAACCUGAACUGUUUAUGAACAGGAGCUUACCUGCAGACGUCUCUGACACCAUGAGCAUCAUGUCACAUGACCUGGUGGAUCCAGAGGAGAACGAUCUGGAGGACAGAGAGAGAGAGUUUAUACGUUAGAGAGCAGAAAUGGGAUUUAUCUACAUCUGCUCUGAUCAUAAAACACUUUCUGCACAAACUUUUUAUACUUUUAGAUAUGAUCAUCAUAAACAAUAAUAAUAAUAACAGUGAUAAUAAUAAUAAUAAGAACAACAAGAAUGAUAAUAAAUAAUAAUAAUAAUAUUAAAAAUAACAAUUAAAUUAACAACAAUAAUAAUAAUGAUAAAAAAUAUACAAUAAUAACAAAUAAUGAUAUUAAUAAUAAAACAAUUAUUAUUAAUAAUAACUAAAUUAAUGACAAUAAUAAUAAAUCAAUAUUAAAAAGUAAUAAUAAUUAUAGUAAAAUAAUAAGAAUAAUAAUUUAAUGAUAAUAAUAAAAAUAAUAUUAAUACAAUUGAUAAAAAUUUUGAAAUAAAAUAGCACAAAAUAACACGAAUAAGAAAUAAUGAUAAUUAAAUUAAUAACAAUAAAAAUAAUAAUAAUGAUGAUAAUAAUAAAAAUAAUACCAAUACAACUGAUACUAAUAAUAGUCAUAAUAAUAAAAAGUAUAAUUAAAAUGAUAACAAUUAUAAUGAUCACACAAUUUAUAACAAUAAUAAUAAAUAAUGAUAAUAAUUAUAAUAAAAUGUAUAAUAAUAAUAAAUUUCAUUAUAAAUAAACUGUGUGUGUGUGUUUGUGUGUGUGUGUUUCAGUGUCAUAAGAAGUACAUCCCAGUGUGUGGGUCCAACGGAGACACGUACCAGAACGAGUGUUUCCUCAGGAGGGCCGCCUGUAAGAAACAGAGAGCCAUCAGCAUCGUGUCAGAGGGGCCCUGUUACCACGGUAACGCAGACAUGCUCGGCUGUUUGGAGGAUUGAGAUGUUGUGUUUGUUCGUGUUUCCAGAUUCAGUGGAUUUAGAAUGAGCUGAAAGUUGUGAUGGUGGUCUGAUCUGACGGUCUGUGUUUGUGUCUCUGUCAGAUGGAGGAUCAGGAUCUGGAGACGGAGGUAAACACACUCAUGUUUUCAUUUUUAGACUUUAGAUUAAGAUCCAUCAUUUUCAGUUCCUCAGAUUUUAUCCUCAUGUUUACUAUCGUCUCGUCUUCAUUUUUAAACGAGACUUCACAGAAUGUCUUUGGUUUGAUAAAUUUGAGGGUUUUUACAACAUUUACACAUCAGUCUGAAUUAACAAAGAAAGAUCUUUUUUUCAGUUUUUAAAGUUAUCCUUUUUUUAAAUAGUUGAUUUUAACUCCUAUUUUCUAGUUAAAUUUGGACAUUUUUUAAUUCUAGUUCCUCUGUUUUAGUUUUGAGUUGUUUUAAGUUAAAGAGUAUCAUGUUCUGCAGAAGAUUCGAUCGUUUCUACCCAUUUAAUGAUCAGCUGAUAUAAUUAAGUUAAAGUAAAAAAUCUAAAACAGUUUGAGGGACAGGAGAGACGGUGUGUUUAAGUUGGUGUCAACGUCGGUAUCGUCCAGAAUGAGUUUGAAAAUAUCUACAAAAAUCUAUAAUCAAACAUCCAAACGAGCUGAAAUACUGCCGUAGGUGAAGAAGAACAUCCAAUAGAUGGAGUCAAAGUUUAUAACGUCAAGAUCAGAGGCGGAGCUGCAGACGGCGGUCUGUGACCACAUGGAUGAAGAAUUCAGUUUUUCAAAGUUUCCCUCCUUACAGUCAGACCCGUGGUCUUUAUCGACCCAAAAACACUCAGUCAGUCCUGAAACAGAGGAGCGAGUUCACGGUGAACUCAGACUAAAGCGGCGCCGGGAGGAUCUGGAUCAGACUAAAACUUCCUGUUUCCUGUCUGCAGACGACGAAGGCUCCGGUCGAGGGAAGAAAACGUCAAAAUGUGGAAACUGCAAAUUUGGAGCCGAGUGUGACGAGGACUCCGAGGACAUGAUGUGAGGACACACUAACACACAAAUACACACAACUACACUCACACAGUAAAUCCGUCAGGUGGGAAAGUCUCUGACCGUCAGGUUAGAUCUGGAUUACCUUUAAAGGUCCUGAUAUUAGAGUGUUAAUGUGUGUGUCUGUGUGUGUCUGUGUGUGUCUGUGUGUGUCUGUUUUCAGCUGCAUGUGUAACAUCGUCUGUAACGGACACAACGACAACCCCGUCUGUGGAGGCGACGGCGUCACCUACGACACGCCGUGCCACGUCCGCGAGGCGUCCUGCCUCAAACAGCUGAAGAUCGACAUCAAACACGUGGGCCGUUGCCAAGGUAACGAGGAAACGCAACACUGCUGAUCAAUAGACAAGGAAGUGAACGACACAUUAUCUGCUACACAAACACACACUGAUAUCAUGUGACCAACUCCAUAGACCCCUGAGGGAAGAGAGGAGGUCGAGGAGGAGGAGAAACAGUAGAAGAAGAAAAAGAGAGAGAGAGAGAUGAUGAAGGAGGGAGGUAAAGAAGAGUAUAAACACGAGAAAGAAGGGAGGAAAACUAAAAAGGAGAAGAAGAGAAAGACAAACAGAAAAGAAGGAAAGAGGGAGGGAGAGGGAAAGGAAAACAAAUGAAAGAAGACAAUGAGGGGAAAAAAAGGAGGAAGACCAGUCAGGAAAAAUGAAGAGAGGGAUGGCUGAGGAUAAAAAAGAGGGAUGAAGGAAAAGAAGAAAUGAAAGGAAGGAGAGGAGAGAUGGAGCAGAAUGAGAAGAGGAAAACAAGGAGAAAAAAGUGGGAGAGAAGUUUAGUAGGAGAAAAAGACGACAGAGGAUGAUGAAGGUGUCAGAAAGGAAAGAAUGACAGAAAAAAGAAAGAAAGAAAAUAAAGAGAGAGAGAGAAAGGAGGAAAGAAGGGAAAAGGUAAAGAUGGACAUGAAGGAAGAAAAGAUGAGAGGAGGAGGAAACAGGGCGGGGUCGGACAGAAGGAUGGAGGAGAGAUAAAAGGAGGAGGAGAGGAGAGAAGGAUGGAGGAGAGAGAGGAGGAGAGGAAAGAAGGAUGGAGGAGAGAGAGGAGGAGAGAAGGUCAGAGAGAAAAGAAAAUGGAGGUGAAGAAAGAUCAAAAAGAUGCUGUGCUGUUUUUUUACUCAUCUAUAUUUUAUGAACACCUGACCCCGAUUCACACACACACACACACGCACACGCACACACACACACACACACACACACACAGUUAACUCGGCUGACUGAACAACCAGCUGGUCACAUUUUAACACGACGACCUUCUGUCAUCCAUUUUUUAUCGUCCUCUUUGUUCACUUGUUUUCUUCUCCCUCUUCCUCUUCUACAUUUAUUUCUUCUCUUUCUCCCUCUUCUUCCUCUCCUUCAUCUUCUUUUUCCUUUUUUUCGUCUUUUCCCUCGUCUUCUUUCCUGUUCUUCCUAUUCUCCCUUCUCUCCUUCUUCUACCCUUUCCUCCUCUUUUUCUUCAUCCUCUUCUUCUUUUACUUUUUAUUCUUUUUUCUUCUUCAUCUUCUUCUACUUUUUUUCUCUUCCUUUUCUUCUACCUUUUCUUCUUUUUCUUCAUCUUUUCUGCUCUCCUUCCUCUUCUUCUUCCUCUUCUACUUCUACUCUUUCUUCCUCCUCUUUUUCUUCGUCUUGUUUCCUCUUUUUCCUCCUCUUCCUUUUCCUCUUCCUCCUUUUCUUCUUCUUUUACCUUUCUUCUUUUUUGUCUUCCUCCUCAUCUUUCUUCUUCUUCUUCUUCUUCUUCUUCUUCUUCUUCUUCUUCAAUCACGAGUGUUUUCUAUCGCAGUGUGUGAGCGAGAAAAGAUCAGAUCAUCCUUCAGUAAUCAGCGGGACAUUUCUGUGGAUGAAGCUUCAGCCUGAAGCAAGAAGAUAACUCAGAGUGUGUGUGUGUGAGUGUGUGUGUGUGUGUGUGUGUGUGUCUGUGUGUGUGUGUGUGUGUGUGUGUGUGUGACCUGGUUGUUAAACUCCCUCUUCUCUGGACCGUCACGUCGUCACAUUAACUGUGUUUCUGAGUCAGCGUCUCUGUUUGAUGAGGAGCUUCAACAGUUUGUCCUGAGGGGGGUGCCAGAGGACAGGAGGGUCAUCUGUCAGGAAUUACAGAGAGCUGCAGGUUAUUACCUAUAAUGAUUAAACUUCUUCUUCUGUGGUUUUCAGAUAAAAGCAGGAAGGAUGACGGCAUGAAGACUAAACCAGACAUCUACGGUAAGACCGCCUCCUUCACGCCGACUCGAGGUUUUCUCUGCUUUGUCUGCGACAGCCAAUCAGAAACCUGCUUUAUUUUCCAGCUGUGUCUAAGCCCGGUGAAGGGGAGGGGUUUGCAGAUGUCCCCGCCCCCUGCCCUGAUGACUACGCCCAGUUCUGCGAACACGGCCAGUGUGAGAUGAGACACAACCUGCCCACCUGCAGGUAACAACACCUGUCCACCCCCCUGUAUCUACUGUGAGCCAAUCAGAUCCUUUGAUGGAUUUAGAGGGCGCCACUAGAGGGCGCCACUUCCGAUCCUGAAUCUGUCACAACAGAUCAAAUCAGAGGCUCAAUCGAUUAAAAUGAAGAUGUGACGCAAAUUCAGUUUGUUCUGGUUUAAACUCAUCGUGUGUGUGUGUGUGUGUGUUUGUUUGUGUGUGUGUGUGUGUGUGCGUGUCUGUUUGUGUGUGUGUGUGUCUGUUUGUGUGUGUGUGUGUGUGUGUGUGUGUGUGUGUGUGUGUGUGUGUGUGUCUCAGGUGUGAGCCAGCUUACGGUGGUCCUCAGUGCGAUCAGCUGCUGGACUUUAACAUCCUCUAUGUGGUGCCCAGCGGUCAGAAGCUGCACUACGUCCUGAUCGCCGCCAUCAUCGGAGCCGUCCAGAUCGCCGUCAUCGUGGCCGUGGUCAUGUGCUUCACCAGGUACACUCGCCGCAGCUGUAGACAGGACUGCUCUCAUCCUCCUCUGUGAGGAUGAAGAUCUCAGACACACAUGUUUGUGUUUCUGAAACGUCUGCCUGUAUUUACUCUGAACAGUCAUCAUGAGUGUUGAAGCUGUAAUACCUGUUCUGUCCUGCAGGAGGUGCAACAAGACGAAGCGUGGGCGGAGACAGAAGCAGCACCUGGGUCACUUCCCGUCAGGAACGUCCUCCAGGAUGAUGUAG